GGGCGGUGCCGCGGCCGCGGCCGCCCCUUCCCUGCGCGGCCCGGCGGAGGCGGGGAUGCCUCACAGGACGGAGCUGUACGAGGAUCCCCCGUUGGGAUGCUGGCCCAUUGUGUAUUCCCCAGACUACAACAUCACCUUCAUGGGACUUGAGAAGCUGCACCCCUUUGAUGCAGGGAAAUGGGGGAAAGUCAUCAAUUUUUUGAAAGAAGAAAAACUAAUUGCAGAUGACUUGAUUGUGCAGGCACGGGAGGCUACUGAUGAAGAUCUCUUGGUUGUUCACACCAGGCGCUACCUUAAUAAAUUAAAGGUGCUGUAUCUGUUCAUAUGUUUUUUCUGAAAACAGUCCAGAGUGAG